CAGCAGGAGCAGAGAGCAGCCAUUGCUGUGUCUGGCAGCAGAGGUGUGAAGAAGACAUCUGGUGAGCGUGAGACACCCAGCAGCCAUCCUCGUGUGACAGGAGGACUGAGCAGGUCCCAGAGCCCCAUCACGGUGCCUCCACCUCACUCACUGGUACAUGAGAGACACAGUGACCAGAAGAUCCAGGAACUCACCAACAAGAUCAUUCAGCUGCUGAAUGGAGAGGAGGGGGAGUAUAUAGAGGAACACAGGGGUCUGUACAAGUACGUGAUGAUGGAGAAUCACCGGCCCCUCACAUCACUGGAUGGACCCAGUAACAGAGAUACCCCAGAGAGAUGUCCCCGUCCUCUGUAUUCCCAGGAUUGUACAGAGGAGAAUCACAGGACCCCACAAGAGAAUCAGGAUGAAUGUCUCACUGACAUUAAGAUAGAAGAUACAGAGGGAAAAGAAGAGACGUAUGUGACUGAUAUAAAGGCAGAAGAUAUAAAGGGAGAAGAAGAGACGUAUGUGACUGAUCUGAAGGCAGAAGAUACAGAGGGAGAAGAAGAGACGUAUGUGAGGGGUGAUCAGCAGUGUAAGGAGGAGGAGAUCCCUACAGAUAUCAGCACAGAUGGACACACAACCAGGAAUAUCUCAGAAGGACAUCUAAUGUUAUCCCUGGAUUGUGACAUAAAAGAUAAUGACAGUAGACAGGAUUCUCCAGGACAUAACCCCAUUACCCCAAUUAUACAUCCAGCUCUAUCAGCUGGUCCCUCUGAUCCUGGGAAAUGUUCUCCUGAUCACUCUGAUAUUGGUGCAUCUGUUACAGCUCUGACAGUAGAUACAGUGUUUCCCUGUUCUAUAGAUGCCAACUAUUUUACACAGAACACAAAGCUUAUAACCCAUCAGCCAGUUAAAGCAGGCGAGAGGCCAUUUCCAUGUUCUGAGUGUGGGAAAUGUUUUACAUACAAAUCAGCUUUUGUUACACAUCAGAGAUAUCACACAGGUGAGAAACCAUUUCCAUGUUCUGAGUGUGGGAAAUGUUUUGCACGGAAAUCAAAUCUUGUUAAACAUCAGAGUAGUCACACAGGUGAGAGGCCAUUUUCUUGCUCUGAGUGCGAGAAAUGUUUUACACGGAAAUCAAAUCUUGUUAAACAUCAGAGUAGUCACACGGGUGAGAGACCAUUUCCAUGUUCUGAGUGUGGGCAAUGUUUUGCACAGAAAUCACAUCUUGUUACACAUCAGAGAAGCCACACAGGUGAGAAGCCUUUUCCAUGUUCUGAGUGUGGAAAAUGUUUUGCACAGAAAUCAAAUCUUGUUACACAUCAGAGAAGUCACACAGGUGAGAAGCGAUUUUCUUGCUCUGAGUGUGGGAAAUGUUUUGGACGCAAAUCAGAUCUUGUUACACAUCAGAGAAGUCACACAGAUAAGAAUCCAUUUCUAUGUUCUGAGUGUGGGGAAUGUUUUGCACACAAAUCAGAUCUUGUUAUACAUCAGAGAAGUCACAGAGGUGAGAAUCCAUAUCUAUGUUCUGAGUGUGGGAAAUGUUUUGCACACAAAUCACAUCUUGUUACACAUCAGAGAAGUCACACAGGUGAGAAGCCAUUUUAUUGCUCUGAGUGUGGGAAAUGUUUUACCCAGAAAUCAUGUCUUGUUAUACAUCAGAGAAGUCACACAGGUGAGAAGCCAUUUCCAUGUUCUGAGUGUGGGAAAUGUUUUGCACACAAAUCAGAUCUUGUUAUACAUCACAGAAGUCACACAGGUGAGAAGCCAUUUUCUUGCUCUGAGUGCGGGAAAUGUUUUGCACAGAAAUCACAUCUUGUUACACAUCAGAGAAGUCACACAGGUGAAAAGCCAUUUUAUUGCUCUGAGUGUGGGAAAUGUUUUACCCAGAAAUCAAGUCUUGUUACACAUCAGAGAAGUCACACAGGUGAGAAGCCAUUUUAUUGCUCUGUGUGUGGGAAAUGUUUUACCCAGAAAUCAAGUCUUAUUAUACAUCAGAGAAGUCACACAGGUGAGAAGCCAUUUCCAUACUCUGAGAAAUAAAUCAGCUCUUGUUUCACACAACAGACAUCACUUAGGUGAGGAACCAUUUUAAUCUUCUGGAGUAUACUCAUCAUUGCCAUGCGUUUUUCUUCAAGGUUCUUAUCCUAUCUCCUAUGCUUUUUGCAAUAUACAUGCUACCACUGGGUGAAAUAAUCAGAUGUCAUGCCCUCAUCUACCACUGCUAUGCAGAUGACCUGUCUUUUGCUCCAGGUACCCAGUACCAAUCCUAAAUGGUUGUCUAGCUGAGCUCCAGGUGUGGGUGAUGCCAGUUGGCUGUGACUCAGUCCUGGUGAAACAGGUCUUUAUGAUAGAAGCUCACCACCAAAGGACAGGGCUACAGCUCAGCUUUGCAAACCAACCAGACUUACGCUUGGGGGUUCAGAGUUACAAAAUGCUGAUCAUGUGCGGAAUCUUGGUGUCCUGGGUGGUGAAGUGACACUUAGACAUCAGGUAUCUGCCACAAUCAGAUUGUCAUCUGAGGAACAUAGCCAGACUCCACCAUUUAUUUCCCUCAGAAGAUCUACCUACAGUCAUACAUACACUUGUAUAAUCACACAUAGACUACUUCAAUGUCCUCUAACUGGGUCUCCCAGCAAAAGAAUUGCACCGCUUGUAGCUUGUACAGAAUGCAGCAGCCAGGCUGUUACCUAACCAGCCCGUUCCUGCCACAUCACACCCAUUCUCUACUCCCUUCACCGGCUGCCAGUAAGAUGGGGACUAUUAAUCUUACUGACCGGGGUCCAAGGUACCAGAAGCAGCGUCUUCCUCCUUACUGCCCAGCUUGCUUCCAUCUGCAGAUGGACUGUUACCAGCAGUUCCAAGUAUCCUCUAGAAGUUCUGAGAUGUCAGAGUGGAGACAUGUUGGAUGGCACUAUUGCUGUGGUGGGGACUGCCGGAGGCACUAUCUGUGGCUAGUAUCCCCAAGCGGUGCUGAGGUGUCAGAGGGGAGAGACAGGGUGGGUGGCACUAGUGCUGUAGUGGGGCUGCCGUAGGCACUAUGGGUAAUUUAUUUUUCAUCCACUUGGGGUCACUGGAGUACUCUUGAGAUAUGAACGGAGAGUUAGCAGGAACAGGCACAUUUAAAUUAGUAACCCUCCUUUCCCUCCAUACUCCCAAAGGUACCUCACGUGGAGAGUUCUCCACAGUUUUUCUAUUUUUCACAGAUUUUUUCUUUUUUACACUCAAUCCCUUCCCAGAUUAUUAAGAAGCUUUGGUCCGGGAUUGUUUGUGCUGCUGCUGCAGCAAUUGGCUUGUCGUGCUCAGGAGAGGAGUACGGCGGCUGCCGCGACUCUGUCUUCAGAAGGAGGAGAGGGGGGAGGCUGAGCGCAAUAUAUAUUGGCUAAUAUGGUAAUAAGUCUCAUCUUGCAUGCUUUACUAUACUUGAGUAUAGGCAUGCACAUGGCAGGACGCCAUUUUAACCUUACUUCCUGGUUCUUCUUGCAGGAAGUUUGCUGCUGUCCUACGACACUCGCCCACUGGAGGAGUUGGGGUGUUAGUAGGAAUUCGGUACAGCACAGGUUUCACUGAUUGCAGUGUGUCCCACGUACACUGCACUUCUGGGUUAUUCACACUUUAGUUACAUUUUUACUGAGUCGUGGGACUUGUCUGUUUUUUGUCUACUUGUCUGUGUACAUAAUGAGUAAGGCAAAUGCAAAAUCAAAAAAGCAGCUUAGCUGCAAGGUCUGUGAGAGUGUGUUACCUGACUGAACUGCUGCAUACAGUAUGUCUUGCAAAUACGAACCCAUACCCUGAUCCUCCUUGGGUAAUGUCUGGGUUACAAUCGGAAUUGGCCGCUGCGCGAAAGGAGCGUGAGACGGCUAGAUCUGAGGCUAGGGUAAUACCAGAAGGGGCUCAGGAGAUGUCUAGGACUUUGCAAGGGUUACAAAAGUCCAAGUCUAGCUCAGUUCUGAAAGAUAGUUAGCAUUUGUUUUAUAACUUACCAGUUUCAGCGAUGUUGCAUUCUGACGAUUCAAUGCCAGACCUGAUAGCUGAAGAGGAACAUGAGGAAGGUGAAUUGGGCCAGAAGUCAGAUAAUGAGGUUACCGAUAGUCUAGCCAUUGAUAAUCUCAUCAGGGCAGUACAUCAGGUUCUAAAUUUUACAGAGGUUGAAGAACCUCUUUCAAAUGAUGAAGUGUUAUUUGCUAAAAGACGGAGAACACCGGUGUGUUUUCCUUAUUCAGAUUCUCUGAAUAAGCAGUUAACAGAAGCAUGGAAGAAUCCGGAUAAACGGUUUUCUAUGACUCAGCGGUUUCUGUCUAGUUACCCGUUCCCAGAGUCUAUGACGUCUAAAUGGUGAAAUUGGCCGGCUGUGGAUUCCUUGGUGUCAAAACUUUCUAAGAAGUUAACCAUUCCAGUUCCAGCUGCUACAAUUCUUAAAGGCCCAUCAGAGUGUAAGCUAGAAGCUGUGCUAAAGUCAGUGUAUACAGCAGUAGGGGUGUUGCUUAGACCUGCUUUGGUUGGAGUUUGGAUUAACAAGGCUUUAGUUGCAUGGGCAACACAGCUUAAGUUGGGCCUACAAGAAGAACAUCUGUGAAUCUGCUGAGUAUCUAGGUAUGGCUUCUAUGGUCGUCGGCCUGGUUAGUUCUCACCUUUCAGCUUCAUAAGUUGCAGCACAACGUGCACUUUGGCUGCAUUCUUGGCAGGCGGAGGCAGAGUCCAAAUGAGGAAUAGAUGCAUUGCCUUAUGCUGGCAAGAUGUUGUUUGGUCCUGAAUUGGACAAAUGGAUUUCUCAGGCCACGGGGAGAAAGUCUGUUUUCCUACCAUUGCCUUUACAGGUUCCUAAAUGGAAAUUCUCUGGAUCAGCAUUCAAAUCCUAUAGACCUCAGUCCUUUCGAGGCCAUACUAGAGGAACAACCAUACACAGUAGACAUGGUAGAUGACGUGGUUUUCAACAAACCACUAACCAUCAUGACACUAAGACGACCGACAAGCCAGUGGCAUGACGGGCUUCCAGCUCAUCUUGGAUCUUCAGUUGUGGGUGUCACAACUGAGGGCUGAGGCUGACUUAGGGAACCCUCAGAUGUAGGGGCUGGCGUGUAGGUGAACCGUGCAGGUAAGUUUAGGUUCCUAGAAAUGCAGGAUGUUUGAACACCAUCAACCCAAAGGCGUGACCACAACAAUGGCGUAAAAUAUAAAAGUCAAUUUAUUGAACACACAGUAUAUAUCUUGGCAAUGAGAUAUCUUCAACAGUGAGUGCAGAAUGAAAUGCAGUACAGUUCCUGGGAAUGCAGCUGGUAUUUGUGACUGUGGCUAUGCAGAACAAGAUGGUAAAGUCCUUGCCAAAAUCCGGAGUUGAAAAGUAUGUGGCCACAGCUAACCGCUGUAAUGAGGAACCAGCAAGUACCGCCCAGUAGGUGGCAGACAGGAGACUGGGAUAGGCGCUGAUACACUGAGGUUGAAGUGAAGUAGAUAGAAUUGCCAGAGACUACCGAACGGAACCGGUGAGAGGAAAGAUGUGCUGAACUCACCACUGGAGCAACAGUUCGAUGGUGAGCAUCGAUGGAUAUUGUGGUUCGAUGUUGUGUGGGAUACUAUGCAGAGCGUUAUAUGAAUACCACUGGAGAUGACGUGAAGCACUGCUGUAGGCAGAUGGUAACACCAAGCACUGCUGGAAGCCAGUGACACUUUACCACAGAGGCUAGUGAGCGAUGCUGUAGAUAAUGGAAGUAGCAACAAUACCAAGACACCACUGGAAGCAGAGCAGGUCCAUAGCUGGAAGCCGAUGUGAGGAUCGCAGUAGAAGCAGAGCUGGAACACUGCUGGAGUCAGGCGGCACCGCAGGGUGGUAAUUGGUGCCGGUCUCUUGGAGAAGCAGAAUUCACCAAACAGGAGAGACAUGUAUGCAAGGAUUGACAACCAAAGCACUGACCCUUACCCAGCCCUGGAGCAGGAUAUUUAUACCAGCUGGUGAGCCUGGAUUGGCUGGAUAAUAUAGGCAGAGUCCAGACUGCUGCGGAUAGGCUGAAAACAACGUGAUAAAAAACAAACAUGGCGGCGCCUAUGUUUGAAACUGGAAGGAAAGUCUGUCUGUACUUUACAUGUGGGAAUCGGCAGUAAUGGCGGCGGAGGCCGCGGAGGGCAGGAGAUGCAAUAAUUUAAACAAAUGGAUGUUUUGUGUAAUGUUGCCAUGCCAGCGCUGCUGCAAUCAGAGAGGAGAACCUUGAGACACAGAUAUGCAGUGCGCUGCCCGCAGACAGCGCAGGUGGAAUCCAGGCCUGGAACGCCGGGCCAGUCUCAGAAGGCACUUAGCAGGUAAAUAAUGGGGGUAAUAACCCGGAUCGUGACAGUGGGAGCACGCCUUCAGACGUUUCACUUGGCGUGGUUUCAGACAUCCAUAGAUGGGUGGAUCCGCAAUUUAGUGUUCAAAGGUUACAAAAUAGAGUUCGAUUGUCUUCCACCAAUGCGAUUUUUCAAGACAUGUCUGCCUGUGUCAGGAGACAAGAAGGCGGUUCUGCAGACCAUGAUUCAGUCUCUCGUAGACUCAGAAGGUUUGAUUCCGGUUCCAGAUCACCAACAGGGUCAAGGUUACUAUUCCAGUCUUUUUGUGGUACCAAAGCUGGAUGGUCCUGUCAGACCAAUAUUGGACCUAAAGGGGCUCAAUCAGUACAUGACCUACUACAGAUUCAAGAUGGAAUCCCUGCGGUCAGUGACUGCAGGUUUAGAGCCACAUAAAUUCAUGAUUUCUCUGGAUCUCAAGGAUGCGUACUUACACAUUCCAAUUUGACCACCACAUCAGGUGUACUUCAGGUUUGCAGUACAACAAAACCAUUAUCAAUUUCAGGCACUACCAUUUGGCCUCUCGUCAGCUCCUCGGGUGUUCACGAAGGAGAUGUCUGUGAUGAUUGCUCACCUCAGAUCCCUGGGAGUGAUAAUAGUUCUGUACUUAGACGAUCUGCUCAUCAAAGCUCCAUCUCAACAGAUACUCCUUCAACAUAGAAAUUGGUGUUGAAUCGGCGCUCCACAGUACACACAAACCCAAUUAAACUCUGGUAGCUGCUCACCAGUUGUGGACGGGCUGCCCCAACAGAUUAUCAAUAAGAUCAAAAAAAGCAUAAGACGGGAGCGCUAGGAGAGUCUAAUAUUACAUUUAUUGAUGAAACAGUGUUUCAAAUGCCACAUGAAUCACAAUAUAGCCUAGUAAAAAGUAUACACAUUUAUUUAAUAAAAUACUGUAUUAAAUACAGCUGCAAUGU